AUGGACGAGUACGAUUUGGUCAUCACCAACGCCGUCUGCGUCACGGCGGCAGAUGUUUCGCCAUAUGAUGUUGCCAUUAAAGACGAGAAAAUCGCCCUCUUGGCACCAUCGGGGUCGCUGAAAAAUGCAAAGACGAAAAGAUUAAUCGACGCCGAAGGUGGAUAUGUCAUGCCAGGUGGGAUAGACUGUCAUGUCCACCUCGAAGAGCCCAGCAUGUUUGGAAAGGGCAGUUCCGCAGACAGCUUUGAGACGGGCACCCGAUCUGCCGUCGCUGGAGGAAACACCACCAUUGUUGCCUUUGCACCGCAACAAAAGACUCAGGACUCUCUUUUGGAGGCAUUGGGAAACACCCACAAGCUGGCCAAGGAUAACUGCUACUGCGAUUAUGGCUUUCACCUGCUCGUGUCGAAUCCUGGACCAAAGGCACUAUCGGAAUUCGAUCAGUUGGUCGAUAGCGAGGGUAUCACCUCGCUCAAGAUCUACAUGACUUAUACGGCUCUUCAACUUCGCGACAAUGAGAUCCUGUCCGUCCUACUCGCCGCCCGGCAACGGCACAUUUUGACCAUGAUCCAUGCCGAGAACGGCGACGUGCUGGAAUGGCUGACGGACCAGCUCGAGGCCCAGGGCAAGCUGGCGCCCAAGUACCACUCCAACUCGCGCCCUCCCAUUCUCGAGUCCGAGGCGACCAACCGCGCCAUUGCGCUCUCGUCGCUCAUUGCCAACACGCCCAUCCUGCUGGUGCACGUGAGCGACCCGGCCGCGGCGCUGCGCAUCCGCCAGGCGCAGACGGCGGGCCAGCCCAUCUUCGCCGAGACGUGCCCGCAGUACCUGUUCCUGACGCGCGACGACCUCGACAAGCCCGGCUUCGAGGGCGCCAAGUGCGUCUGCUCGCCGCCGCCGCGCAACGUCGAGGACCAGCUGCAGAUCUGGACCGGCCUGCGCAACGGCACCUUUGCCGUGCUGAGCUCCGACCACUGCCCUUUCCGCUUUGACGACGCCGUCACGGGCAAGAAGACGUGCGUCACGCAUGAACACCCCGUCGGCAAGUUUCGCUACAUCCCCAAUGGCCUGCCGGGUAUCGAGACGAGAAUGCCGCUGGCCUUUUCCGCUCGGAAACUCGCCUUGACAAAGUUUGUCGAGGUUACCAGUACCAAUGCCGCCAAGCUGUAUGGACUGUACCCCAAGAAGGGCAGCAUGAUCCCCGGUGUGUCGGAUGCUGAUCUGGUCAUCUGGUAUCCGGAUGGCAAGUUGGACGGUCUGGAAGUCACCAACAGCAUGCUUCAUCAUGACGUGGACUACACGCCAUACGAAGGCCGCAAAGUGAAUAACUGGCCCCGAUACACCAUCAUUCGUGGCAAGGUUGUAUGGGAUCGCGAUGGCGAAGGUCUUGUAGGAACUAAAGGAUACGGUCAAUUUGUUAAGAGAAAGCAAGGUACAUUGAAUGAGAUCUGGGAAACCGUAGACGAGCAGGGGGCAUUUGAUUUGGAAAAUCUAUAG